AUGGAGGACGCGGAAAUUGCAGCAGAUGCAGGCGAUGCGGCUGAGGAGGUGGUGGUUGUGGAGAUUGGAGAGAACGAGUUGAGCGCACAGGAGGGAGGGAAGGAGGAGGCAGAGAAGGAGGAGGAAGAGGAGGAAGAGGAGGAGGAGGUUGAUGUGGAGAUUGAAGGGGAUGAAUUGCGCGUAGAAAUAGAGGACGAUGCGGUGAGCAUGGAUAUAACGGAGGAGGAGGUAGAGGAAAGCAUGCACGCGGGCGUAGCUGCAGUAGGCGCGUUCGUUGGCUGGCAUCCCGUGGAAGCGGGCGGAAGGGGCGUUUCCGCCCCGCGCGGGGCUCGCAGCGGAGGGGAAGGCGCGGGGGAAAGCGCGGAGGGUUUGCGCGGGGCGGAGGGGCCCCGGACUCCCGACGGGUGGUUUGGUGAAUCAGCGCUGGUAGGCGCGCGGGAUGGGGACCGGGGGGGCGAUAGCGCGGAGGAUGGUUCGGAAAUUAGAGCAGCGGUAGGCGGAAGGGAUAGCGCAGCGGAUGCGGAAGAGGGUCGCGCACGAGGGGAAGGGGAAGGGGAAGGGGGGAAGGGGAGGCGGCGAGCGGGCCGCAAGUCGGUGGGGAGGGGUAGGGUGGGGCAGGGGAGAAGGAGAACCGGGAAGGGCGCGGGAGAUUCAGCUAGGACGGGCAUGGAAGGUGGGUGUGGAACCCCGGGCAACGAGCAGGGGCGGUCGGGGGUAGCAGAACCGCAGGCAGGUGGUACGUUCCAGGGGGAGAAGGACGAGAAGCAACACACGGGCGGACGGUCAACGAGGAAAGAAGUGCGAACGAGGGGUCAAGCGCGGUUGGCAGUGGUUAUAGCGGAUGCGUUGGAUAAAGGGAGGGCUGCGGGGACAGCUGGAGCAGCAGCGAAAUUGAGGAAGGAGAGGAGGGAGAGUGCGAAGAGGGGAGAGAGGGCGGAGAGGGCUGAGAGGAGGAGCAAGGCCAAGGCUCGAGAUGUCUUGUGGGUGAAACGGCAGAGCUUAGAACGAGGGGCUAAGGUCGGUGCGAAUACAGGGGCGAAAGGAGGCGCGAAAGGAGGGGCGAAAGCAGGGGCGAGAGGACGACCUGCGAAAGGGAGGAAAGCGAAGUCGAAGGAAGGAGAGGUGGGGGGAGGGGCUACGGCAGAAGGGAGGGGGGCGAGGGCGGGGAAGGGGAGGCCAGGGAGGAGAGUGACAGGUGAGGCAAAGGUCAAGGGGGUUGUGGGAGGGAACGGUGGUGACGUGGAAGCUAUGAAAAAAAUAAAGGGCAGAAGAAUUGCAUGUGAGGAGAAGGGUGAGGGGAAUGCGGGAGGGAGCGACAGUGAAGAGUUGGGGGAUUGUGGGGCGGAGUGUGGGAGUGAGGACGAUUGCGGGGAUGAGGAAGAGUGUGGGGUGGAGGAGAUGUGGGGAUGUGAGGUGGAGAGUGGUGAGGAGGGAGCGUGUGGUGUGGAAGAGGAAUGCGGUGCAGUGGAAGAGGCGUGGGGGAAUGAGGCGGGGUGUGAGAGGGAGGAGAGAGGGGACCAGACAUGCGGCAUGACUGUGACUCCUGAAUUUAUGAAGACGCGUUUACAGAAGGGGCUGAGAGGAGGGGUGAGGGGCGGCGGGCAGAGGAAGGAAGGGGUUGGGCAGCCAAGUGGGGUGACUCCUGAGUUUAUGAAGACGCGUUUGAGGAAGGGGCAGAGAGGGGUGAGGGUCGGAGGGGUGAGGGACGGAGGGCAGAGGAAGGAAGGUGGGGUGACUCCUGAGUUUAUGAAGACGCGUUUGAGGAAGGGGCAGAGAGGGGGGGUGAGGGACGGAGGGCAGAGGAAGGAAGAGGUUGGCCGGCCGAGUGGGGUGACUGCUGAGUUUAUGAAAACGCGUUUACAGAAGGGGCGCAGAGGAGGGGUGAGGGACGAAGGGCGCAGGGAGGAAGAGGCUGAUCCGUCUGGUAGUGCGAGUCCGGAUGUGGUGGAGGUGCCUCUAAUGGGGCAUGGGGUGGAGGUGCCUCUAAUGGGGCAUGGGGUGGAGGUGCCUCUAAUGGGGCAUGGGGUGGAGGUGCCUCUAAUGGGGCAUGGGGUGGAGGUGCCUCUAAUGGGGCAUGGGGUGGAGGUGCCUCUGAUGGAACAUGGGGGGCCCAUGGUGGGGCAUGGGGUGGAGGUAGAGCAUGGUAGGCCGUGUGGUGGGGCUUCUGCUGAGGGGUCUCAGGAGGGAAGGCUUAGGCCGUGUGGUGGGGCUUCUGCUGAGGGGUCUCAGGAGGGAAGGCUUAGGCCGUGUGGUGGGGCUUCUGCUGAGGGGUCUCAGGAGGGAAGGCUUAGGCCGUGUGGUGGGGCUUCUGCUGAGGGGUCUCAGGAGGGAAGGCUUAGGCCGUGUGGUGGGGCUUCUGCUGAGGGGUCUCAGGAGGGAAGGCUUAGGCCGUGUGGUGGGGCUUCUGCUGAGGGGUCUCAGGAGGGAAGGCUUAGGCCGUGUGGUGGGGCUUCUGCUGAGGGGUCUCAGGAGGGAAGGCUUAGGCCGUGUGGUGGGGCUUCUGCUGAGGGGUCUCAGGAGGGAAGGCUUAGGCCGUGUGGUGGGGCUUCUGCUGAGGGGUCUCAGGAGGGAAGGCUUAGGCCGUGUGGUGGGGCUUCUGCUGAGGGGUCUCAGGAGGGAAGGCUUAGGCCGUGUGGUGGGGCUUCUGCUGAGGGGUCUCAGGAGGGAAGGCUUAGGCCGUGUGGUGGGGCUUCUGCUGAGGGGUCUCAGGAGGGAAGGCUUAGGCCGUGUGGUGGGGCUUCUGCUGAGGGGUCUCAGGAGGGAAGGCUUAGGCCGUGUGGUGGGGCUUCUGCUGAGGGGUCUCAGGAGGGAAGGCUUAGGCCGUGUGGUGGGGCUUCUGCUGAGGGGUCUCAGGAGGGAAGGCUUAGGCCGUGUGGUGGGGCUUCUGCUGAGGGGUCUCAGGAGGGAAGGCUUAGGCCGUGUGGUGGGGCUUCUGCUGAGGGGUCUCAGGAGGGAAGGCUUAGGCCGUGUGGUGGGGCUUCUGCUGAGGGGUCUCAGGAGGGAAGGCUUAGGCCGUGUGGUGGGGCUUCUGCUGAGGGGUCUCAGGAGGGAAGGCUUAGGCCGUGUGGUGGGGCUUCUGCUGAGGGGUCUCAGGAGGGAAGGCUUAGGCCGUGUGGUGGGGCUUCUGCUGAGGGGUCUCAGGAGGGAAGGCUUAGGCCGUGUGGUGGGGCUUCUGCUGAGGGGUCUCAGGAGGGAAGGCUUAGGCCGUGUGGUGGGGCUUCUGCUGAGGGGUCUCAGGAGGGAAGGCUUAGGCCGUGUGGUGGGGCUUCUGCUGAGGGGUCUCAGGAGGGAAGGCUUAGGCCGUGUGGUGGGGCUUCUGCUGAGGGGUCUCAGGAGGGAAGGCUUAGGCCGUGUGGUGGGGCUUCUGCUGAGGGGUCUCAGGAGGGAAGGCGUAGGCCGUGUGGUGGGGCUUCUGCUGAGGGGUCUCAGGAGGGAAGGCGUAGGCCGUGUGGUGGGGCUUCUGCUGAGGGGUCUCAGGAGGGAAGGCGUAGGCCGUGUGGUGGGGCUUCUGCUGAGGGGUCUCAGGAGGGAAGGCGUAGGCCGUGUGGUGGGGCUUCUGCUGAGGGGUCUCAGGAGGGAAGGCGUAGGCCGUGUGGUGGGGCUUCUGCUGAGGGGUCUCAGGAGGGAAGGCGUAGGCCGUGUGGUGGGGCUUCUGCUGAGGGGUCUCAGGAGGGAAGGCGUAGGCCGUGUGGUGGGGCUUCUGCUGAGGGGUCUCAGGAGGGAAGGCGUAGGCCGUGUGGUGGGGCUUCUGCUGAGGGGUCUCAGGAGGGAAGGCGUAGGCCGUGUGGUGGGGCUUCUGCUGAGGGGUCUCAGGAGGGAAGGCGUAGGCCGUGUGGUGGGGCUUCUGCUGAGGGGUCUCAGGAGGGAAGGCGUAGGCCGUGUGGUGGGGCUUCUGCUGAGGGGUCUCAGGAGGGAAGGCUUAGGCCGUGUGGUGGGGCUUCUGCUGAGGGGUCUCAGGAGGGAAGGCGUAGGCCGUGUGGUGGGGCUUCUGCUGAGGGGUCUCAGGAGGGAAGGCGUAGGCCGUGUGGUGGGGCUUCUGCUGAGGGGUCUCAGGAGGGAAGGCGUAGGCCGUGUGGUGGGGCUUCUGCUGAGGGGUCUCAGGAGGGAAGGCGUAGGCCGUGUGGUGGGGCUUCUGCUGAGGGGUCUCAGGAGGGAAGGCUUAGGCCGUGUGGUGGGGCUUCUGCUGAGGGGUCUCAGGAGGGAAGGCUUAGGCCGUGUGGUGGGGCUGUACGGGGAGGGAGGAAGCGGAAGCGGGCAGGGGUGAGGGUGGGAGAGGCGGAGGGUGCGGAUGUGGGGUUUGCAGGUGGGGAGGAAGAAGCAUGUAGACUCGUUGGUGCAUGGGAUGAGUCUCCUUUGAAUAGUUCCCCACGUGGGAGUGCAGGAUAUGCAGGGACUGCAGUGGGAGUAGUGGGAGCAGUGAUGGUGGGGGAAGCCGAGGGCGCAGAUGGGGGGGUUGCAGCUGGUGAGGAGGAAGCAUGUAGGCGCGUGGAUGCAAGAGAUGCAUUUCCUUCAAAUGAUGCUCCGUGUGGGGCUGCAGGGGCGUCAGUCACUGCAGGGAGAGCAGUGGGAGCAGAGGAAGCAGUGAGGGGGGAAGUGGGAGCAGUGGGUGUAGUGAGGGCAGUGAGAGAACUAAGGGCAGUGAGAGAAGUGAGGGCAGGGACUGGACCUGCAGCAGCAACAACUGCUGCUGCAUUUGGGAGUCCCAUUGGUGUGGCUUCGCCUGAUAAUGUCACACGGUCUGCCAAUGCUGCCACUGCUGCCAACGCGACCAAUGCUACUCCCGACUCGCCACUACCUGCCACACCUCCCCGUGCCUCCUCGCUUCCCCAACGCUCCACUGCUGCUGGUGCUGCCACUGCUGCCAACGCUACCAACGCUACCAACGCGGCCAAUGCACCAUCCCCCAGCGUGCGAGCUCCUUCCCACUCGCCACUACCUGCCACACCUCCUCGUGCUGCCUCACGUCGUCGCUGCUCCACUCCUCCCCCUCCGCCUGCCACCGCCCCCCACCGACUGUCCCACCCACCUUCUCACCCGCCUCCCCACCCACUUUCGCACCAGCCUUCCCACAAAGGCAGCAAGAACUUGUUACACUCCCGGAAACCCAGCCGUGCGGCUUCUCACAUGAAUACCCCAGCUGGAGGGGGUGCUUCCAACUCUAGACCUCCCAGACCCGCCACCAUUGGCCCUGGCAUUGUAGUGGAAUACUCAAGGAGUGGUGCGAAUCCCCUCAAACUCUCAUUCCUGCCGCACACCUCACUCUCCUUCCCACCAGCCGUCUCGCUCUCCUUCCUGCCACCCUCCGCAUCUCGUCGCCCGCGCUUCCGUCCCCUGGCCUACUGGCUGCAUGAGAGAAUUUUCAGUCCAGUGGAUGUGGAGCGACCUUCUGUCUUGCUUGGACUGCAGCCAACCACACGUGCAGAGGAGUUGAAGAUGAUCAGGAAGGGUGUGGGGAGAGCAGUGGCUACUGAAUCGGCCCAGAAGUCGAAGUCGCCUAGGGGGAGGGGAAGGUGUGCUCAAGGGGUGGAUGACGAGGAGGGAGUGGGUGCUUUGGUUGGAAGGACAGGUGGGGAAGGAGCGGUGGCUACUGAAUUGGCCCUAAAGUCGCCUAGGGGGAGGGAGAGGUUUGCUCAAGCGGGGGUUGAGGCGGAAGGUGUUGCUGCAAAGACAGGGGCGGGGAAAGCAGUGGCCUCUGAAUCACCUCGAAAGUCGCGUAGAGGGAGGGGGAGGUGUGCCCAAGUUGGGGUCGAAGCAGAGGGUUUGGUUAAUUCUGCUCGAAAGGGAGGGGCGGGGAGAGUGGUGGCUACUGAAGCAACUCGAAAGUCUCCUAGGCGGAGGGGAGAGUGUGGGGAAGGCGGGCAGGAUAAAGAGGAUAUGAUAGAUUUGACUGAGGAGGCGGAUUGGGGGAGAGAGGCGGUGGUGGAGGAGGGAGGAGGGGGUGGGAGGGAGGAGGGGGGAAGCGGGGAGGGAGAUGUGGGUGGAGAGGUGGUGAGGGAGGGCGAUGAGGAGAGGAGAGAGGAGAGGAGAGAGAAGGAAGGAACGGAGGAGGAAAUGGAGGGUGGAGAGGAAGGGCAUGGAUAUGGCGGCGCAGGAGGGGAGGGAGAAGAGGAGGGAAGAGGGGAGGGUGAAGGGGAGGGAGAAGAGGAGGGAAGAGGGGAGGGUGGAGGGGAGGGGGAAGAGGAGGGAAGAGGGGAGGGUGGAGGGGAGGGAGAAGUGGAAGGGAACGGGGAGGAUGGAAGGGAGAAGGAAGUUGUUGAAGCUCCUGUAAUGGAGGCUGCGGAUAAGGAUGCUGUAACAAGUGUGACUUUAGCGAGUGGGUUGAGGGGAGCUGGGAGAACCGUUGAUGGGACAAUGGCGGGAGGAAGAACUGUGCCUGGUAGGGCUGCCAAGACUGCUGCUCUGGCUCGGAUGUGCCGAACCUCGAGGCCUGGGCAGAAGGGGAGAGUAGGUGUGGGUGGGGAGGAGGGGAGAGUGGGGGCGGCUGGUGUGGGGGAUGUGGGGAGGGUUGAGGAGGGGAAUGGAGGACUGGGUGGGAGUGGGGGAGGGGCGGAGCAAGAGGGGGGGAAAAGCAAGGGAAAAGGGGAUGGGGAAGCGAAGGGGAAAGCGAAUGGGGAUGCGAACGGGAGGGCGAAUGUUCUUAAAAGAAAGAGAGUUGAGGUGCAGGAAAUGGAAAGGAGGAGUGUGAGAGUGACCAGAUCGAUGGCUAGGAUUGCUCGAGGGGAUAAUGGGGAUGUGGGGAACGGGGGAAGGAAGGGGAAGGGACUAGAGAAGGGGAAGGGGGAAGGGAAGGGGAAGGGGGAAGGGAAGGGGGAAGGGAAGGGGGAAGGGAAGGGGAAGGGGGGAAGGAAGGGGAAGGAGGUGGGGAAGGGGAAGGAUGAUUCGCCUCCCCCACCCUCCCCUCUUCCCUCUGUCAACAUCUCCGAAUCAACUCGCAAUCGCCCCUCUGCUUCAACCUCCGCCUCUGCUUCUGCCACUGCCGCUGCCGCUGCUGGUAACCCUAUGGCUUCACCGUCCCACGCCCCUAGAAACCGGGCCAAUCAGAACCACCGCGGUCAGAACCACCCCUCUCAAGAUGAUCCCCCUGAAAGCCCCGUCUCUGCUCCUGCUUUCGCUCCUGGCGCCGCUCCUGCCCUGGAUCACAUGGGGUGGACGGCGGGUCAAGUGAGAGCGUACCACGAGGCCAUGAGUGCUGUGAAUCCGCAUGAAAGCGGGUUCUGGGAGAGGGUGGCGCUGUGGGUGACUGGGAAGACGGCGACUGAGUGCUUUAACCGGCACCAUGAGCAGUUUCCGACCCCGCCGAGACGGAGGGAAAGGCAGAGGCGGUUGAUUGGAGGGGGUGUGAGGGGGGAGGAGGAGGGGCGGCAGGAGGAGCAGGGGCAGGAGCAACAGCAGCGAGGGGUGCCGGUUGGGGAGUCAUCCCAUGCUGCGUUUGUUGCUGCUUGUGUCGGGAUUGGGCCUCGGGGAGGUGCGGAUGGUGCAGGGGAAGGCGGGGAGGGGUUGGAAGGGGUGGAGAUGGGUGAGAUUGAGAUUUGUAGGGGGGAGAGCCGCAGUGCGGCGAGGAAUAGAGGGAGACUGGUGGGCGAUUGUGCUGAAGCAGGGGCGAUUGUGGUUGGGGGAAAAGGGAAGGCCGUUGUGGGGAAGGAAAUAGCAGCCAUGGGCGCAGGCGGUGCCAGCAGCGCAGUCACGCCUACCCCAAUCCCCUGCCCUCCCACUUCCCCACCCCCUUCUCUCCAUGCACAGGUGGUGCAAGCAGCGCAGUCACGCCACAAGGAUGAUUUCACACAGCAUGACGAGCAGAUCAGCACCAUGUCUGCUGUCGCCCCCCUUUGCUUCUGCUGCUGCUUCACCCCCCUUGCUGCUGCUUCACCCCCUUCACCCCCCUCUCCUCUCACAGGCGGUGCAAGCAGUGCAGUGCCAGCACAAGGACGACUUCACACAGCAUGA